AUGGCAGAGACAGAGAAACAGACGGACGUGGCCGUUGUCCAGGAUGAGCCAACAACCGAGCCGACGUCCCACAAGCAGGCAAUAUCCAAGGAAACCCAGUGCCGGCGGUCUGUGAUGGUCGAUGCACCAGCGGCAGAUUCAGAGGAACCCAGCGAGGCAAGCCAGUUGAUGAAGUCCCAAGCCAUGACACGGGUUGUGCAGUCUUCGUCAACCAACAACGCAGAAUCGGACGACGAGAAAGACAGCGACGUUGAGGAACAGGAGGAAGAGGCUGAGGAAGGCGACUUUCUGGCUGACUUCCCUGACGAGACCGAUGAACUUGAAUUGGUGCACUGUCGCCUUGGAUCCCUAGAUGAGCUACGCCUUCGAAGAUUCGCGAAUCAUCUACGGAGACUAUGCCUGCGACAGAACUUGGUUAAACACCUGGACUCGGAAACUUUCCAUCAACUCACCAAGCUUCAAGAAUUGGACCUGUAUGAUAACAGGAUUAAGAAUCUCGGAGAUGCUUUGGACAAGUUGUCCGAUCUGACGAUGCUCGAUCUUUCAUUCAACCUUUUCAAACACAUCCCCGACCGCCUGGAACACCUCUCCAAGCUUACCUUGAUCUACUUUGUGCAGAACCGGAUCUCAAAGAUUACCGGACUCGAAUCAUUGACUAAUUUGACUAGCCUGGAGCUUGGAGGAAAUAGAAUUCGAAAAAUCGAAAACCUCGACACCCUUGUCAAUCUAGAAGAGCUUUGGCUGGGAAAGAACAAGAUUACAAAAUUGGAGGGAUUAAGCUCACUAAAGAAGCUUAGGAUCCUGUCAAUACAGUCGAACAGGAUCACAAAGUUGGAGGGAGUAGAGGGACUGGAGAGUCUCGAGGAACUUUAUCUGAGUCAUAAUGGCAUCAAGAAAAUAGAGAAUCUCGAAAAGAAUACCAACCUGACCACUUUGGACAUUGGGUACAAUUUCCUUGAGGCGAUUGAGGGGGUAUCCCACCUCAACAAGUUGGAAGAGCUAUGGAUAAGCGGCAACAAGAUCCCUGACUUUUCGGGCCUUGACAAGGAACUUCGAGGCAUCAAGACAUUGCGAACUCUAUAUCUCGAAGCAAACCCCUGCGAAACGAACGACAGGGUGCAUUACCGCAGAAAGGUUAUGCUGGCCUUGCCUCAAUUGACUCAAAUUGACGCGACGUAUGUUCGGCUUUGA